CGAGACCCUCCGGACACGGCGAGCCCGCGGUGCCACUAACUCCGCGCACCUGCCCUGGCGGCCGGGACCAGCGUUCCGGGGAGGGCGACGCAGCCAGCAGCAAACUUCGGCUGCCUCAGCGGAUCCCGGGUUCCCGAUUUGCAGGACCCGUGUGCCAGAAGGCGUGGGACCCCACGGGGGACGACGAGGAGCCCACAGUCUUCCCUGCCCUCCCCGCGAGGCCAGCCGGAGCCGCGGACCGAGCCGCGCGGGACGCAGCGGCAGAGGCGGCUCGAGGAAGAUGCGGGGCUCGGGGCCCCGGGGUGCGGGACGGCGGCGGCCCCCGGGGGGCGGCAGCGAGGGCGACACCCCCAGCACCCCCGCGUCCCUGGCCAGCUGCCACUGCGCCCACCGCAGGGCCCCGCUCUGGACGUGCCUUCUCCUCUGCGCCGCGCUCCGGACUCUCCUGGCCAGCCCCAGCAACGAAGUGAAUCUGCUGGACUCACGCACUGUCAUGGGGGACCUGGGAUGGAUUGCUUUUCCAAAAAAUGGGUGGGAAGAGAUUGGCGAAGUCGAUGAAAAUUACGCCCCUAUCCAUACGUACCAAGUCUGCCGCGUCAUGGAGCAGAAUCAGAACAACUGGCUUCUGACCAGUUGGAUCUCCAACCAAGGUGCUUCCAGAAUCUUCAUAGAGCUCAAGUUCACGCUGCGGGACUGCAACAGCCUCCCCGGGGGCCUGGGGACCUGCAAGGAGACGUUUAACAUGUAUUACUUCGAGUCAGACGAUGCGCAAGGGAGGAACCUCAAGGAAAACCAGUAUGUCAAAAUCGACACCAUCGCGGCGGACGAGAGCUUCACGGAGCUGGACCUGGGCGACCGCGUCCUCAAGCUGAACACGGAGGUCCGGGAUGUGGGGCCUCUGAGCAGGAGAGGCUUCUACCUGGCUUUCCAGGACCUGGGGGCGUGCAUCGCGCUGGUCUCCGUGCGCGUCUACUACAAGAAGUGUCCCUCGGUGGUGCGCCACUUGGCCGUGUUCCCGGACACCAUCACCGGGGCCGACUCCUCCCAGCUGCUGGAGGUGUCAGGCUCCUGUGUCAACCACUCAGUGACCGACGAGGCCCCGAAGAUGCACUGCAGCGCGGAAGGGGAGUGGCUGGUGCCCAUCGGCAGGUGCACCUGCGAGGCGGGUUAUGAGGAGCGCAAUGGCAGCUGCCGAGUGUGCAGACCUGGGUUCUUCAAAGCCUCACCUCACAUCCAGAGCUGCAGCAAAUGUCCACCUCACAGUUACACCCAUGAGGAAGCUUCCGCCUCUUGUGUCUGUGAAAAGGAUUAUUUCAGGAGGGACUCUGAUCCACCCACAGUGGCAUGCACAAGACCCCCCUCUGCUCCUCGGAAUGCCAUCUCCAAUGUUAAUGAAACUAGUGUCUUUCUGGAAUGGAUUCCGCCUGCUGACACUGGUGGAAGGAAAGACGUGUCCUAUUAUAUUGCAUGCAAGAAGUGCCGCUCCCACGCAGGGGGGUGUGAGGCGUGUGGCGCUCAAGUCAGGUACCUCCCCCAGCAAAGCGGCCUGAGAAACACCUCUGUCAUGAUGGUGGACCUGCUCGCUCACACAAACUAUACCUUUGAGAUUGAGGCAGUGAACGGAGUGUCCGACUUGAGCCCGGGACCCCGGCAGUCUGUGUCUGUAAAUGUAACCACAAAUCAAGCAGCCCCUUCGCCAGUCACCAAUGUGAAAAAGGGGAAGAUUGGAAAAAACAGCAUCUCUUUGUCUUGGCAAGAACCCGAUCGCCCCAAUGGGAUCAUCCUGGAGUAUGAAAUCAAAUACUUUGAAAAGGACCAAGAGACCAGCUACACAAUUAUCAAAUCGAAGGAGACCAGCAUCACUGCAGAGGGCUUGAAGCCGGCCUCCGUGUACAUCUUCCAAAUUCGAGCUCGAACCGCAGCCGGCUAUGGUGUCUUCAGUCGAAGAUUUGAGUUUGAAACCACCCCUGUGUCCGUGGAAGCGUCCAGCGAUCAGAGCCAGAUCCCCAUAAUCGCCGUGUCCGUGACCGUGGGAGUCAUUCUGUUGGCCGUGGUCAUGGGCUUCCUGCUCAGUGGAAGCUGCUGCUCAUGUGGCUGUGGGAGGGCUCCUGCCCUGUGUGCUGUUGCCCAUCCAGGCCUAACAUGGCGGUGCGGCUACAGCAAAGCAAAGCAAGAUCCCGAAGAGGAAAAGAUGCAUUUCCAUAACGGGCACAUUAAGCUACCAGGAGUAAGGACUUACAUUGAUCCCCACACCUACGAAGAUCCCAACCAAGCUGUCCACGAGUUCGCCAAGGAGAUAGAAGCUUCCUGCAUUACCAUCGAGAGAGUCAUCGGAGCAGGUGAAUUCGGUGAAGUUUGUAGUGGACGUUUGAAGUUACCGGGAAAAAGAGAAUUACCUGUGGCCAUCAAAACCCUAAAAGUGGGUUAUACAGAGAAGCAGCGCAGAGACUUCUUAGGCGAAGCGAGUAUCAUGGGACAGUUUGAUCAUCCCAACAUCAUUCACUUAGAAGGUGUCGUGACCAAAAGUAAACCAGUGAUGAUCGUGACGGGGUACAUGGAGAACGGCUCAUUAGACACAUUUUUAAAGAAGAAUGACGGGCAGUUCACGGUGAUCCAGCUGGUCGGCAUGCUGAGGGGCAUUGCAGCGGGGAUGCAGCACCUGUCGGACAUGGGCUACGUGCACAGAGACCUGGCCGCCAGGAACAUCUUAAUCAACAGCAACCUCGUGUGCAAAGUGUCUGACUUCGGCCUUUCCCGGGUGCUGGAAGAUGACCCUGAGGCCGCCUAUACCACCAGGGGAGGCAAGAUUCCAAUCAGAUGGACUGCCCCAGAAGCAAUAGCUUUUCGAAAGUUUACCUCUGCCAGUGAUGUCUGGAGUUACGGAAUAGUGAUGUGGGAGGUAGUGUCCUACGGAGAGAGACCCUACUGGGAGAUGACCAACCAAGACGUGAUUAAAGCAGUUGAGGAAGGCUACCGUCUGCCAAGCCCCAUGGACUGCCCUGCCGCUCUUUACCAGUUAAUGCUGGAUUGUUGGCAGAAAGACCGGAAUAGCAGGCCCAAAUUCGACGACAUCGUCAACAUGUUGGACAAGCUGAUUCGUAACCCAAGCAGCCUGAAGACUCUGGUUAACGCUUCCUGCAGAGUUUCAAAUUUAUUGUCAGAACACGGCUCGCUAGGAUCUGGGGCCUACAGAUCAGUAGGUGAAUGGCUAGAAGCAAUCAAGAUGGGCCGGUAUACAGAGAUUUUCAUGGAAAAUGGAUACAGUUCAAUGGACGCUGUGGCUCAGGUGACCUUGGAGUGAGUAAUUUUUCUGAUAAUUUUUACAUAAUUGCUGGGGCGAGAAAAAUUAUUCAGAAAUCAACCUUGAUGAGGUCAAAGGAAUUCAGUUAACCUUUGCCCGUGUGUGGCAGCUCUCAAAGAACCCUCUCCUUUUUUUUUUUUUUUUUUUUUUUUUUGCAGUUUUGGCUGGGGCUGGGUUUGAACCCACCACCUCCAGGCAUAUGGGGCCGGCGCCCUACUCUUUUGAGCCACAGGUGCCGCCCCAAGCACCCUCUUCUUUUUAGGCUAUAUUGUUAACAACUGCAUGGUUCAUGUAGCUGGUAUCUUCACUUCUUUGCCUCCAACAAACAGCGUUUGAGGGUUUGAGUAAUUGGAAUAACAGCUCCUUGGCAAAAUACUGGUAUUUUGUGUUGUGGAAAAGAUGUUUUCUCGACAAGUUUUUUAUACUGGUACCUAGGUUCUAUGAAUGUAAAUACAAAACAAACUGUGAGCACAAUUGGUGUGUCUCCUUCUAAUGAGGACAAAACACAUUCACAAAUUUCAGCUCUCUGUGCUGAAUACCAAGGUUACAACAGCUUCAACCAAGCUUCCCUGGCAGGAAUUUAAUUCCCAGAGGUGCACCUUAUACUCCUGUGGUGUAAGGAUGUGGUAGAUCCUGUCUCCUCCAAUAUAUUGGGAACAAUCUCAGCGGAACCAAUUGUGGCCAUUUCUGUUUGCACGUUUAAGAUAAACGUUAUCAAAGUCUUAAUAAAUAAAAAUCACUAGAGAUAAAUACCAAGUUCUUUAAGGUUGUAAGAUGUUUGUACUUUAUUAUAUAUUCUGUACGUGUGGUCCUUUCAGCCUAAUUGUUAUCUGUGGAGAUUAAUCGUCGUUAGUGGUGAUUCCAUCUAGAUUACGUUGACAUUUAUAAUGUUUUGACCUGUGAAUAUAACGAUAACUCCCUUCAACUUGCCUACACAUUCAAAGGUUACAAUACUGCUGUAGUAAGGAUCAUAAAAUGAUAGGCUACUCUAAAGCCCUCAACCACAGUCCUUAUUCCAUUACACCAUGAGACCUGGGCUCUGAGCAGCUCUCUCUCAACAUCACUGUCUAAUUCAUCGCUCAUCCCCACAGAAGGUUACAGGGUACCACUAUCUGUCACCAAGUAAAGUCACGUAUGGGCAUUCUCUUCAUGCUGAAAUCACAAUCACUCAUUUCACUUUCUUACUUGACCAAGUUCCAUUCCAUGGUCACCGCCAAAUCAUAGUGACUUAAUGACACACACGCUUUGCCCACUAUUUCUUUGGACACUCAAGAAACUCAUUUUUGCUGUAUUCAAAAUAGUAUACUGAAAAAUUUAGUGAUAAUUUUAAACUAUUUUUACAUGACUUCUAUUUAAUUUUUCAGUAAAAAUGGUCAUUUUAAUUUAUGAAAGUCAUUUGUCAUUUUAUAUUAAAAUGAUAUUGUAGGUAUUUCUUCUACCCGAUGUCAGAUUACUUGUACAUCUAUAAUAAAAUUAUUUGCAUUA